AUGGCGUCUGAUUUUAGUAAUUCUCUCAUCUCCUUCUCCGUUGAUUUAUACAAGACGCUGAAGAGUGAAAGCGAUGGAGCAAGUAACUUUAUCUGCUCCCCGUUCAGCAUUGCUGCUGCGCUGUCUAUGACCCUUGCUGGGGCAAAACACGACACAGCCAAGCAGAUCUCGAACGCCCUUCAAACGCAGGACACCACCGUCCAUGAAAACUUUGCAUACUUCUUUUCUAAACUUCCCGGUUAUGCUCCCGACGUCAUCCUACAUGUUGCCAACCGCCUCUACGCCGAGGAAACCUACAACACGCUUGAUGUGUUUACGCACCUUCUGGAGAAGUCGUACAGCACCACCGUCGAGAAAGUUGACUUCAAGCGAAACGCCGAAAAAGCACGUCUUCAGGUGAACACGUGGGUAGAAGAAGUUACACAAUCCAAAAUCAAGGACCUCCUUGCCGAAGGCACUAUUGAUGACUUUACGUCACUGAUCAUCAUUAACGCGGUCUACUUCAAAGGGCUGUGGCACGACCAGUUCGACCCGAAGCGCACAUCUCAACAGGAAUUCCACUUGACUGCCGACCGAACGAAGAUGGUAGAUAUGAUGCACCACAAGCAGCGAUUCAGGAUGUGUCGACACCCGAACUUCAAGGUCAGUGCUCUCGAAAUUCCUUACAAGGGCCAGAAGACGUCGAUGGUGAUCCUGCUUCCGGAAGAGAUUGACGGGCUCGCGGACCUCGAGGAAACUUUGACGUCCUCUAAGAUAAGGGAGAUUAUCCAGGAACUGUCGUACCAAGGCGACAUCGAAUUGAGCCUACCAAGGUUCAAGCUGGAGCACACAGUGGGUCUUAAGAACGUGCUGGCUGCGAUGGGAAUUGAAGACAUGUUUGAUGCAUUGAAGUGCGACCUCUCUGGGAUCAGCCCCGACAAUGCUCUCGUGGUUUCUGACGUGGUCCACAAGGCUUUCAUCGAAGUGAACGAAGAGGGAACUGAGGCUGCUGCUGCCACGGCUAUGGUUAUGUUGUGUUGCAUGUCAUUUCCCACACGUUUCACUGUUGAUCACCCAUUCCUAUUCCUUAUCCGUUGCCACGAUCCUGACGUUAUCUUGUUUAUUGGCUCUGUAGCCCAAAUCUGA